AUGUCUCAGUGGAAGGAUCGAUUCGCACAGGCAUGGAUCAGGGCAGAAAAGGUCCUCGAUGACGCAGCCGAGGAAUGCCAUCUGGCUCAGAUGAUGUCAGUACUGGCACUGUCGAAUGUCUUCGAGGUCGUCAGCUGGUUUGCGGAAUUCUGCCAGCAGCCAAUGUCCUUUCCAGUUCUCCUGCUGUUGUUUGGAGAACCAAUUCACCUAUUGGUGAGUGUCCUUGCUUUGGUGACGGCAACAAUCAUUGACUUAGCGUGCUGCUAUGUCGUGGCUGGCACCGAGUUCGGAGCAGCCGCAUUCACGUAUGGUGUGACAAUGAGCUCUCUGCUCUCGUGGGGACUGAAGCCACCGGAACUGCCCCACAGGCACACCAACCGAGAAGCAAAGAAGCAAAGAAGCUCAUCGACGGACGAGCCCUUCUUGGAUCAAGACGAAGAAUCAGAAGAACCAUACGCCAGCAUGUGCGAGAAGUACAAGAGGGCAUGUCAGCCCACAAUGUUAUGGGACCUGAAGGUCGCUGACCAAGACCACAAGCCAACAGCCUUCGAGAUGUUCAUCAGGUUCCUGCUGGUCCUCAAGGGAGGACUCGACCUGAUCGGAGAGGAAAGCAACCCGCUGGUUGCAUGGCAACUGAUCAUGUACUCCUUGUCCGGAGACAUGAAUCGCAACUCAGAGGAUCACCAGUAUGACGCUGACUCAGUCCUGAUAGCCAUCGACAAUUGCUCCUCGAGAUGCAUCACCAAUUCGAUGAAGGACUUCAUCGAAGACCCAGUGCGAGUCAAUGUGAAGGUGCAAGGGAUUGGAGGAUCAGUCACGGCGACAUACAGAGGGACAGUGCCCUGGUCCAUCGAGGAUGACAAUGGCAGAGUCCAUCACUUCGUGAUUCCUCACACCUACUACAAUCCUUCGACGCCAUACAGGCUCUUGUCACCACAGCAUUGGGCGAGAGUGGCGAGUGACAAUUCACCAAACAAAAGGGGCACCUGGUGUGCGACCUAUGAAGACGCAGUGGAGCUAUUCUGGAGCCAGAGACAGUUCAAGAGAGUCAUUCCACUGUCGGCAAGCAACAACAUAGCCCUGGUUCGAAGUGCACCCUCAUUCUCCAAGCUGCACUCGUUUUGCAUGGAGAUUGCACCGGCGCUGGAAGGGAACUGCUCAGUCGACGAAACAGAGUUGUUGUCUUGUCCAGCGGCAUCUAUCACAGACGAUGAUGGGAUCACGGAGAGAGAUCGGAGCAUUUUCAGAAGACGGUCACGGAUGCUUUCCGGAUGGGACGCGACCUGA